GUGACCAAACAGCUCUUCACCAGCACGCGUACAGUGCUGCUAGAGGGCUGCAGCCAUGAGCUUUCACAUCAGGCUGGACGAUGAAAACGGCAUUUUCCCCUGACUGUUUCUGAAGAGCAGUGCUCAAGAAAUUUCCUCUCGGGAAGCUGUAUAAAUAGGUGGGGAGCAAGUGCAUUGCAGCUCCUGAGCUCCAGAGCCCCAGAGAGAAUUGGAGCACCUGUUCUGCAGAGCUGCACCCGUCGUUGUGCUGUUCUGCUUCCAAAAAGGGGCUGCUCUCUCUUAAAAAAAGAAUCUUCUAAAGGUACUCUGGUGGAAAAAUUGUCGGUGUUGCUGAGCAGAAAGAAAAAACAGCUUUAUCCUUGCUUCCUGAAGAAAUCUCCCCCUAGAGGAGUUUAACUCUGGAAAGUGGAGUGCUAGGAAGAGCACAGGACCCCAGAGGGGUAUGGUCCUCCUUGCUGAAGGAACAACACAGGAAAUGUUUGUAACGCUAACAGCGGAGUGAAACAUGCUUCGUAUCAGCAGCAAUUAAAACUGAUGGGCAGCAUCACUGGAGCCAUGGGGUGCAGCAAUUCUGUAUCUGACCGAAAGUCCGAGAGAGUCAUUAGAGCUGCUGUCCUCAUCCAGAAUUGGUACCGCCUUACAGUGGCCCGGCUAGAGAUGAAGCGCCGCUAUUCUCUGAGUAUAUUUCAGUCAAUCGAAUAUGCUGAAGAGCAAGAUCAACUACAGCUAUCCAACUUUUUUACAUUCAUGCUGGAUCACUGUACUCAUCCUGAAUCAGUUUCUCACAUAUUCACCAGCCCUAGUGUGUCUCAGGUGGUGGGUGAAAGUUUAAUAGAAUUUGAAAAGAAGAUUAAUGUUCCAGACUCCUAUUAUGGACCACGACUCUCAUUCCCCCUUACUGUUAAAGAUGCCAAUGCUCUUCUUCAUGCUUUCAGGAAUGAACAGCUGCUUCAUGCCCGCUAUGUACUGCAGCUACUAUCUGAAACUAGGAGGGUUCUCAAGGAGAUGCCAAAUAUCACCCAUCUUUCAACUUCCUACACCAAGGAGAUAACCGUCUGCGGAGAUUUGCAUGGAAACCUAGACGAUCUUUUGCUGAUAUUCUAUAAGAAUGGUCUGCCUUCAGAACAGAACCGCUAUGUCUUUAACGGUGAUUUUGUUGACAGAGGGCAAAAUUCUAUGGAAAUACUUAUAAUCCUGUUUGCAUUUCUUCUUAUCUACCCCAAUGAUUUACACUUGAAUAGAGGAAACCAUGAAGACUACAUCAUGAACCUGAGAUAUGGCUUUACAAAAGAAGUUUCAAAGAAGUACAAGGACCAUGGGAAACAGAUUUUGGGUCUUCUGCAAGAUGUCUUCAGCUGGCUUCCCCUCGCCACUAUAAUUGAUAGCAAAGUUCUUAUCCUACAUGGAGGGAUUUCAGACUCCACAGAUUUGGAUUUCCUGAAUAAACUUGAGAGAAAUAAGUUGAAAUCUUUGAUGCGGCCACCGAAGUCAUUGAGAGACAGACAGGACCAAGCAAAGGAGAGAAUUCCCACAACCAGUAAACACAUUGCCAACCAGAAUGUUGCAGGAAAAACACAACACAUCACUUCAUCGGGCUCCACUGAGCCUUCAGGCUCAAAUUUGCCUCCAGAACCCACCCCAAAGGAAUGGAAGCAAAUCCUUGACAUUCUCUGGAGUGACCCAAGAAGCCAGAAUGGUUGCACACCAAACAAAUGUCGAGGAGGAGGUUGUUACUUUGGCCCUGAUGUCACUGCCAAGCUGUUUAAAAAGUAUAAUCUGAAGAUGCUCAUCAGGUCUCAUGAAUUUAAGCCAGAAGGUUAUGAGAUCAGUCACGGUGGGAAGGUUAUCACCAUAUUUUCUGCCUCUAACUAUUACGAAGAGGGGAGCAACCGGGGAGCCUACAUCAAACUGAAUCCAGAACUGAUUCCUCGGUUCGUGCAGUAUCGAGUCAGCAAGUACACGCGCAGGCAGAACCUUCGGGAGAGGGUGGGUACAAUUGAAUCAUCUGCCUUAAAGUCCUUACGAGAGACGAUUUAUGCCCACAGGGCUGAACUCACUCGUGCUUUUGUGAAGUAUGACCUCAACGGCACAGGCAAGAUUUCUGUCAAUGACUGGGCUGCAGCGAUGGAGUCUGUCCUAAAGCUGGAACUGCCCUGGAGGAUGCUGCGGCCUCAGUUAGCACAGAUGAACUCCGAUGGAGAAGUUGACUUCAUGUCAUGUUUUUACGAUUUGAAAAUAGGUCAACCUGUAAAAGAGGUCCAGCCAGCGUUGGCGGAAACACUGUGCAGAUACAGAAAGGAUCUGGAAAUCAUCUUUAACAUCAUUGACAAGGACCAUUCAGGUCUCAUUUCUCUCGAGGAGUUCAGACAGACAUGGAAACUCUUCGCUUCUCACCUGGGCAUCGAUGUGCAGGAUGAAGCCCUUGACAAGUUAGUCCUCAGCAUAGACUACAACAAAGAUGGCCACAUCGACUUCAAUGAAUUUUUAGAGGCCUUUCAUGUGGUUCAAAGACUAGAGAAAAAGGCAAACUCAUGAAAAGGUAGAUCUUCUUGUGGGCUCUCAUGGAAGCUCACCUUCCUAUCCUUACUUAUAAGCAGCCUGGGAAACCAGCUUCCAGCCUGACAAACAAUAAAUGGGCUAUUUGAUAUGGUAAACGCUGCGGUCACUGUGUAAGCCUUUAUUUAGACCCUUCUGGGUGACAUGUAUCUGCUAGCGAUGAGACAGACCAGAUGAAAACCCACUACUUACAGUAUGACCGUGUCACUGCCAGGUCAGCACCUCACCAUUUAUCUUCCCCCUUGGUGGCAUCUCCCCCGUCAGUCUAUCUGUGAACACUGCCAAGGUCACACCUACAAGCUCAUGGGGAAAGACAUUUUGGUAUGUUUGUUUCAGCAGUCCUCAGCGACAGCUGAGAAACAGCCUUGAUGAGCAGAAGGAACAUAUCAGACCCUCCCUGGUGAUACAAUAGGCACGGCAGAGGCCUCCUGUGCACUAGCCAAUCCAGGAGAGGAAAAUAGGCAAGAACCAUCUAGUUAAAAUAGGUAGGUCUGCAUUUAAUCUUGCUCUUUGCAUGAAUCCAAAGUAUUCCAGGUCACUGUCUAUCCUCCUUGAAGUUUACAGACACAAAAGGAUCUCAGUUGAAAGGCGUUUGUUUACAUUUGCACUAAAUUUUCUCUUGCCAUUGGUUAGCUUUCCCUGUAUUUGUUGGGGUUUGGAGCCUUAAUAACUCGUCACCUUAAUGAAGGCUAAAUCCAUAGCAUGUUAAUGUAACAUACAGAUCACAAAAUAAAGCUGUAGCUUUCACA